GUGAUUGGUCAGGGUCGCGAUGUCGUCACUCGUAGUUGGCGGGAAGCCUCGCUGUUGCCGGAAGUUGUGUUGUCAGCAUGGAACUGGAGCGGUUCGAGCGGGACAAUUCUAAGAACUGUGUGCUGUCCUCCCCGGUACCGGAGCUAUGCAGCCGGGAAGACUGCUGUCUGGGGAUCGACGAAGCCGGGAGGGGCCCCGUCCUGGGCCCCAUGGUGUAUGGAAUAUGUUAUUGUCCUGUAUCCCGGAAGAAGGAUAUGGAGAACCUGAAAGUUGCAGACUCCAAGACAUUGAACGAGGCUGAGAGAGAGCGGCUGUUUGAGAAACUUGAUGGGUCUACAGAUUUUAUUGGUUGGGCUGUUCACAUAUUGUCACCUAAUGUUAUCUCCACCAGCAUGCAACAAAGGACAAAGUACAAUCUGAAUGCCUUGUCCCAUGACACAGCCAUAGGUCUCGUUCAACACGCCCUGGAUAACGGAGUACAGGUCACCGAAAUAUUUGUGGAUACCGUGGGUCCUGCUGAGAAGUAUCAGGAGAAGCUGAAGAAGCGGUUUCCUGGGCUGGAAGUGACUGUGAGGCCCAAAGCUGAUUCUUUGUUUCCUGUAGUUAGCGCUGCUAGUAUCUGUGCAAAGGUUGCCAGGGACCGUGUGGUUAAGGGCUGGAAGUUCAUGGAGGAUCUGGGAGGAGUUGAUACAGAGUACGGCUCCGGCUAUCCCAAUGAUCCAAAGACCAAGGAGUGGCUCGUUAAGCAUCUCGACCCUGUCUUUGGGUACCCUCAGUUUGUGCGAUUCAGCUGGAGCACAGCGCAGACUAUCUUGGACAGUAAAGCCGCCCCGGUGCUAUGGGAUGAUGAAGAGGAAGACGCAGAUAAGUCAUCUAAGUCGCUACUGUCGUUCUUCUCUGGAACAAAGGAAUCCAAACCGCAGAGGCACCGAUUCUUUCUGGAGAGACACCUGGAGCCUAUGACUGAUUUAUAGGAGGGAUCAGCCCAACGUAACCGAUAUUAACUAGUUUUAUAGAUCAUCAAUACCGCUGGACAGAUAGCAGAGCGAGUCCUCCAAACACAGCUGCGUCCUUCAGACAGAUAUACCAAAAUGGCAUCCCUAAUAACAAACACACUUUUUUUUUUUUCUUGUGAUCCAGUCUGCACUUGGAAGUUCCUUGUUUUGUUGCCUAAAAGAUUGUAUUUUUUAUUUUAUUUUUUCUUAAUUGAAUUUUGAGAAAAAGUCGAGGGGGGAAAAAAAAAAAUGUACAGCAGUUUUUGAAGUUCUAUUUACUCUUCCAUGUGUAGAUUAGAUCAGAAAUGACAAUUUUAAUUGUGAUUUGUAUUGGUAUUUUUUUUAAUUUUAUUACUCCAACGCUUUAAAAUCAAACCACCUUCACACUGUGGUAAAAUGCACUUGUUACCACAACACAUGGUAAUCUGCAAAGGGUGGUGGUGUUCUGCAAAGGGUGGUGGUGUUAAUUUUGAAUUGCACUUUUUAAGCGGUGUUACAAUAGCGGGCAAUGCACCUGCACUGCACAUGCUCUGUGUUUGUGGUGCGUUGUGUUAAAAAAAAAAAAAAAAAAAGGGGGUCAUGUUUGACUUUUCGUGUGUCAGGUUAGGCUGCCAGGCCAUUCAAAAUCAGCAGGCUGCCUCAACUCUCUGCACCUUAAAGAGGAAGUAAACCCUCUAGAGAUGUUCGUGGGGG